AAAAGGAGAAGUGGUGGUUCGUUUGAGUUUGUUUAUUGUCUGCUAUUUUUCAUCAUGUAUGCCUCGUUGCUUACAAUUUUUUAAAAUUUUCCCGAAUUUAUAGAUAGUUACAUUCAACAAUCUUUGUUCAUUUUAAAGGGUUUUUGCUUACUCUCUGCUAUGCUUAAAAUAACAGAAUGGUGAAAGAAAACUGUAAACUAGUUAGUGGUAAUAAAUAUCACAAACUUUGUAAACCUAGUUUAAAGUGUAACUGACAAAAUGAACAGUCUUCAGUCACAAAUUCAUGAUUUCAUUGAGGAAGUGGAAAAAAUUACCCAUUUCUACAGGCAAAAUUUAAAAGAAGAGAAAAGAAAUAUUGAAAACACUUCUAAAAGGGUUUCAGAGUUGGUUAACUCUAUUAGCUUAAAGGAGGAGUAUGAAGCUGUCAAGUCUAUCGAACCAAUGAGAGUAUCAUUGCCAAAUCAUAGUGUACUUGAUUCCCUUUUUAAAGAAGAAUCAAAUAAUAAUGGUUUUUUGCUGGGAGAAGAUAGAGAAGAAAAAUCAAAAAAACUUGCUGCUGAACGAAGAGCCGAGUAUAAUGCUUAUUUGGAAAAAAAAGAACGUGAAUUACAAAAAAAACAUCAAACUUAUGAAGAGAUGAGCACUACUGUAACUCCAAGGUCUGUAAUGGAGUCUGUUGAUUAUGAAACUAUUUUAGCUAAACGACGAGAAGAAGAACUUAAAUUUAGGCAAAUACAUCAUGCAGAACCAAGUCUAAGUAAUGGUGUUGCUAAUAGUGAAAAAAUUACUGUACCAAAAAUACCACAAACACCCGAAAAAAUUCCUCUCAGGGAAAAUAAUGUGAAAAUUACCUCAGCUCCAAUUGUAGAAGAUAAUAAAAAGGUUUCUGCAUUGACCCAUGAUAAUACAGGCUCUUAUGAAAGGAGGUAUAUACCACACCGUCCUUUAAGUAGUCAAGAAAAUCAUUUCCACAGAACUGGAGGUGGAGGUGAACCAGUAAGAGAUUCAUUUGGAAAUUUAAUAACUGCUAGAGGGUUUCGAGAUUCUGCACCAAUGUUAUCAUUUCCUUCUUUUCAGCAAAAUCAAGCUUCCAGCAAUAAAUCUUCCUACAGAGAAGAAUUAGCCAAACAAAUAGAGGAAAGGAAACGUCUUGCUGAAUUGGAGAAGCUAAAAGCUGAAGAAUUGGAAAACAAAAUUGCUCAAAGAAUUGCUGAAGAGCGUCGGAAAAUGCAGAUGGAAUAUGAAAAUGAGCUUAAAGCUAACAAUAAUGUUAAAGAACAAAGGCAACAGGAAAGACUUCGACAAUUAGAAGAAUUCCAGAGGAGAGACGCAGAAACGAAACAAAAACUCAAAAAUAGUAGAGCUGUUGAAAGCAGACCUCAAACAAGUGAAAAUAUAAAUAGAAGUGUGGAAAAUCGAAAGUCUUCACCUCCAAUACCUGCAGUCCGUUCUAAAAUUAUCUUUGAAAGAGUUACUUCACCUGAAGUAUUGAGGGAAGUUCCUCCUGUGAAACCUGAAAAUGUAUUUAGCUCUUUGGCAGAAAUAAGAAAGAAGAUAAUGCAAGAUCGGCAAAAUUCAAACAGAGCUAUUAAGGGGACUUAUGAGGUGAUGAAUCGGCGCACUGUACAUGAUGACGAAGAGGAUGAGUAUGAUAGGAGAUGAACCUUUGAGUAAUUUCAGAACCUAAAAAUGAAGCACAUUUGAAAAAAAAAUUGCUCAAUUCAAAGAAAGAAGAUUGGGAAAUCAGAAUUUUUGUAAUAUUUUAAAUUUUCAUGUAUAUAUUUUUAUACAUUUUGCAUCAUAUCUAUUUUAGUACUCACUUUAUUUGUAAAUAUUUUUGAAGCGCUGCACUAAAUGAAAAUUGCAUUUUUUAUGCUAAUCAAAUAUUUUAAAAUUUGUUAUUCAAAUAAUAAAAAGAUAAUUCUCAUUCUUAUAUUGUAAAAACUGAAAAAAAAAUUUUUUUUUGUACUUAUUAAUAUGUAUAGUAUAAUUUUUGUAAUUCAUAUCUAUAUCAUGUUAAUGCAGAGUAUACUGAAUUAUUAUUGUUGAGUAUAUGACUCUAUAACGGAAAUUUUCAUUUGCCAUAUCUUGUGAUAUAUUUAAUUUAUGUGUAAGUUAAUCAAGCACUUUUAUAAUUAAAGUAAAAAGGUUUCAAUGUCUACAAAACUUUAUAUACCUUUACAUUAAAAAAUGAUUGUUUUCAAUAAUUUAAUUUUUUAUUGCAAUAUUUUGUUAUAUUAUCAUUAUUUUAUAAGAUUACCAUUCUUUGUCAUAAUUAUAUUUCAGCUAAAUUAACUGUAAACUUGCUAGUUAAUAAUUCAGCAAAUAAAAUUAGCUUGGACAUCAAAAAUGUAUAUACUUAAAAAAAAAUUUAUAUAUUAAUUUUAGGGUGAAAGUGUAAAUAACUAUUGUUUCAGAAAUUUCUAUUAUUUCAUUUAAAAUUCUUUACUCUGCUUUAUAAGGAAGUACUUUGCUUUAUAAGAAAGUACU